CGGUAGAGCGCAGCCAUGGCGGUUGAUAAGGUUUCAGUGUUUGUGCUGCUGGCCGCGGCCCUGCUCUGCUUCGCCGGCGCCGUGCGAGGCGCCCUGGGCCGCCCGCGGCUGGUGGGUGCCCCGCAGCCCAUCGAGAACCCCGAGAACGACGAGGGGCUGGAGCGGGCUCUGCAGUUCGCCAUGACGGCGUACAACAGGGCCAGCAACGACAUGUACACCAGCCGGGUGGUGCGGAUCAUCAGCGCCCAGAGGCAGAUCGUGGCUGGGGUCAAGUACAUAAUGGAAGUGGAGAUUGCCCGGACAACCUGCACAAAGCCAGCAACUGAUAUCCAGAACUGUGCUUUCCACGAGGAGCCCCAGAUGGCCAAGCACACUAUUUGCAACUUUGUGGUGUUGAACGUUCCUUGGCGRAACCAGGUGGAGCUGCUGGAGAGCAAGUGCCACUAAGCCUACCUUGAUUCCAGCAGAGACCAGCAACCAGCUGUUCAGAUGUAAAGGAAGAAGGCAAUAACAUGGAUUGAGAUGGGCUUUGUCAAUGCCUGUAACUUGGCUACUGACGUACGCUUGUGCUAUGCAAAUUAAACCAUGUAACUUCACUUUUAAAGCACAGUAUGAUCUCAACUUUUUCUUCUUUGGAAUUAUUAUUUUAGAGCAGCUGUUUCGGUCUUCUUACAGCUUUCCCAGUGAAUUCACUCCAGCAUCAGAAUUCUUAUUAAAAUMCCUUUGGUAUCCAUGUUAAGUGACUACUGUAAACAUAAAAACCUAAUUAAUAAUUGC